AUUAUUGGACCGUAUGCCUCAUACAGUCUAUGCUUCGGAUAUUGACAUUCCAACAUUUCCCAGAUUGCAUUGCGUCAUCCCGGACCCCGCCCUUUCCUCUCCCAAACUUCGGUUCAUGUCAACUUUCUGUUUUGCACUGAUUUGACUGCUUGGUCGCAGCUUUGAGAUUUGGUGGCGCAUCUUGCAUUGCCUCGCCACCACCGACUCACUCCUCCACCUGCACUCCUCGAAAGAAGAAGACUGUCUGCUUGAUUUAUUUUUGUUGUCGUCCCUCUCUUCUCGUACACAGCGGAAGAUAUCCGCAACUUUCUCCGGCCCGCAGCCAGUUUAGGAAAGAUUCGUUUUUCCUUACGGAGUUUAAUCAGGAAAACCAUAAACAAAAAGCGUUGUUGAGGUCGCGGUCAUUUUGAGGUAGCUAUCUCAGCCGGGGCUCAUUUUUAAAACACGGAGCUCUAUGGAUGUGAAACCGUGGCCUGGACUGUGUUCGUGAAGUGAAGGGCUAUGGAGAUGCCUUCUGGCUAGCCGGGCUAACGUUUUCUGGACUACAGCUAACCAGCUAUACCACCUAGCACCUUUAGUAGUCAGUGUAAGAGGCUUGGUGUCUAUUGUUCUUCACUUCUCAGUAUGCAGACGUCAACACUGUUGGUCAUAUCAAAAACGCCGAAUAUCGGUUAGUUUGUUAGUUGAGCUAAUUUAUGAAGUUAAGGCGUUAAGCUAGUUAGCUGUGCUUGUAUGCUUCAAUAACAUAACAACAAAUGUCAAAUGUUCAGCCCUUAUUUAAUGACACGAAACACCGAAGGGACUGAUGUCUUGCAGCACCAUUAGUACAUUUCUGUGAUUGUUUACGACAGCCUGGAAGUUCAGAGUGCAAUCAUGAAUACUAACUAGGUGAUAACUAGGACUGAUAGCCAAACCAGACGUCCAAUUUAGAAGUUUUGCACCUGCUUAACCAUCACUACAAGGAGAAGACAGUUGUCCCAAAACAGUCGACAAUGGAGGGAAAUGUUCAACAAAAGACGACUCCUUUAGCUCGGGAACUGACAAGGAUAUUUAACAGCUACAACAAGCACACGAUACAACUGAAAAAGAACUUGAAAGAGACUAAUGCUUUCUUCCGGGAAAUAAGGCAAAACUACAGCAAUGCUUGUGCAUCAACCGUGAGCUCGGAUACUUUUUCUCUGGAGGCAGGUCAGCUUAGCUGUAUUUCUUUCCCAAGUCAUGAGGAAGAGUUCCUACGCAGCACUGUAGGUGCUGUCCCGUACAUCCUGGUGUUGGGCCAGGACUGUGCUGCCCGCUACCAGCUACUCAACUGCCUUCUUGGGGAGAGGUUGCUGCCACUAGGCCCAGAGGCCGGAGAGGCAUGUGAGGGAGUUCAGGGCACUGUCUGUAAGAGGCGGAAGCUGUGUUUCACCCAUGGAAGACAGACAAGGCUCAGCCUGGCACUGCCUGGCCAGUAUGAGCUGGUACACCAGCUGGCAGCAAACUGUGGCAGAUGGGAUACAGUUCCCCGGGAAGACCUGGAGAUCCAUGAGGAAUGUGAGGACCCAGCCCACAGGCUAGCAGAGCUGGAGAUCACCCUGCAUCACCAACUGCUUCAGGAAGCAAAGGUCAUGGUAGUGCCUUGUACAAGUGUUCAGCCGAUAGAAGAGGCCCUGGAAGACUGCACCCGCAACGUGACCCCCAUCAUACUCUACGCCAUCAACCAGGAAUCUUUAAGUACGGAGCAGGUGGCUGAGCUCUGGAAGGUCAAAGAGAUGCUCGGCUUUCCCGUCUGUUUUGUUCGUAUCCCCGACACCAUUCCAGCCACUUCGCCAGCUCCAGAUCGUCGUGCUGAGAAGGAGAGGGAGAGGGAGAGGGACAGGGACAGGGACAGGGACAGGGACAGGGAGAGGGAAAAGACCCCCCUCCAUAAGCAGCUCCUCUCCCUCGGCUUCCUCAGUAGCCCCACAGGAAACUGCUCCUGUGGCGCCCCCUCACAGGUGUCUGCUCCGGGUGCCAAGCCCCAAAGUAUGCUGGGUGAAGCUUUUGAAAGACUGCAUCGGUUACUGGUGCCUUUUGCUCGACAAGUUCUUCAAAACCAGCAGGUGGAGGCUGCAAACUUGCUUAACGGGCUUCAUUGUCGGUGUCUAGAUCUUUUCAUUAACCAGGCCUUUGACAUGCAAAGGGAUCUGCAGAUAACUCCCCGCAGGCUGGAGUACACCCGAGAAAAAGAAGGCGAACUCUUCAUCUCCCUCAUGGCCAUCGCAAACCGCAAACAGGAAGAGAUGAAAGACAUGAUUGUGGAGACACUCAGCAGCAUGAAGGAGCAGCUGCUGGAGGAUGCUGCUAACCUGGAGUUUACAGACAUCAUUGUAACGACAAAUGGAGAGCCUGUGACGUCGAAAGACAUCAAAUCUUGCAUCCACCAGAUCCAGGAACUGAUCGUGGUCCGUUUGAAUCAGGCGGUGGCAAAUAAGCUGAUCAGCUCCGUGGACUAUCUGAGGGAAAGCUUUGUAGGAACUCUUGAGCGCUGUCUCAACAGUCUGGAAAAGUCUCACAUUGACUAUUCUGUCCACAAUAUCACCUCCAAUCACCUCAAACAGUUAUUAAAUGCUGCUUAUCAUGUGGAGGUCACCUUUCAUUCUGGAUCUUCUGUCACAAGACUUUUCUGGGAGCAAAUCAAACAGAUAAUCCACAGGAUAACCUUUGUGAACCCUCCGUCCAUCACUCUAGAGUGGAAGCGUAAAGUGGCACAGGAUGCCAUAGAAAGUCUCAGUGCUGCCAAACUGGCCAGAAGCAUCUGCUCCCAGUUCAGGACACGACUCAACAGCUCUCACGAGGCCUUUGCAGCAUCUCUGCGCCAGCUGGAGGAAGGGCACACAGGGCGUCUGGAGCGCACUGAGGACCUGUGGCUGCGUGUGAGGAAAGACCACGCCCCUCGACUGGCCCGCUUGUCACUGGAGAGCCGCUCCCUCAGGGAUGUGCUGCUGCAUGGCAAACCGAAGCUGGGGCGAGAGUUGGGGAGGGGCCAAUAUGGAGUUGUGUACUUGUGUGACAGCUGGGGAGGACACUACCCAUGUGCCUUGAAGUCUGUGGUACCGCCCGAUGAUAAACACUGGAACGACCUGGCUCUGGAGUUUCACUACACAAGGACUUUGCCUAAACAUGAGCGGCUCGUUGACCUGCAUGGCUCCGUGAUUGAUCACACCUAUGGGAGCGGCUCCAGCAUUGCGGUGCUGCUCAUCAUGGAGCGGCUGCACAGAGACCUCUACACAGGCUUGAAGGCUGGAUUAUCACUGAGGGAGAGACUUCAGAUCGCACUGGAUGUGGUGGAGGGGAUCCGCUUCCUGCAUAGCCAGGGGCUCUUGCACAGAGACAUAAAGCUAAAAAAUGUACUGUUGGACAAACAAAAUCGGGCCAAGAUCACAGACCUAGGGUUCUGUAAACCAGAAGCCAUGAUGUCUGGCAGCAUUGUUGGAACCCCGAUCCACAUGGCUCCAGAGCUGUUUACAGGGAAGUAUGAUAACUCUGUGGAUGUUUACGCCUUUGGGAUCCUUUUCUGGUACCUCUGCACUGGCUCAGUGAAACUCCCAGAAGCCUUUGAGAAAUGCUCUAGUAAGGAUCAGCUCUGGAACAAUGUUAAAAAAGGAGCCAGACCUGAGCGCUUGCCUUCUUUCGAUGAGGAAUGCUGGCAGCUGAUGGAGGCCUGCUGGAACGGAGACCCUUCCCAGAGGCCCCUGCUCGGAAUAGUAGAGCCCCGCCUACAAAGCAUCAUGGUCCGGCUCUGCAACUUAGGCUCGGAGCAGAAAAGCAGCAGCCUCGAGGACUCAAACUGAAAACACUCCAGAAAAAACUAACACGUGUGUGAAUGUGAUCAGGAAAAUAUUUUUCAUGUAUUUAUAAGGAACGCAGGUGAACAGAGAACUGAUGGAGAAGAGGUAAAUGGUGUUGGAGCUUUUUCUCCUUGUUCACAGUUGUUGGAUGGACAUUAUUUAUGAGGAGCUGACACAGACCAGAUGUUUGAAAAUGUGUCUGUUUUACUCUGUUUGUGUGUUGUGUAUUUGUAAACAAACUCUACAAUAAGCUUUUGUCGUAGCUGCCGUGCUAAUUGCUACCUUGUUGUUAGAAUUGUUACUAGAUGCAAAUUGUUUUAAAAGUAGUCCACUCCAAGUAUUAUUAAAAAUAUAAAUAUAUAAAAGAGUAAUUUUAGAUUGUAUUUAAACUGAACAUGUCUGCAUCUAUACAAAAAACAAGUUUUUUUUAAAUAAAAUGAUCUGUUACCA